ACACGUCAAAAACAACAUUAGAAACGUCACUAUUUGUUUUUCGGUUUUUUUUUUGGAUGAAAAUCAUAUGGAAAAUACGGAAAAAAACGACGGCGGGGAAAUUCCCGAAGCCGAAGGUGGUAAUUCGUCGAACGGCGGCGUCGUCCAACAGGAAUCCCGGACGGUAAAACAGAUUUUAGACGAAGUUUUAAAUUCGACGGUGAUAAAAAUCCACCCGCACCAAGAACGAGACGAAGAAAAAUUGGUGACGGUGAAGGAGAUUUUGGGGGGGAUAUUGGAGUAUAACGUUUACAACGAGACGCGGUCCUCGUCGCACGCCGCCGUCAACGAUAAUCAACCGAGCACUUCGACCGCCCAUCAAUCUCUACCGGAACUCGACGUGCCGAAGAAUUUCCAAUUGUACAGGACGUACGAGCCGAUGUUGUGCGCCUGCAAUAUCCUGGACGACGAACAUCUCCUUAGGAGGACGGAGUCUGUCGUCCCGCCGACUCGUUUGCUGCCUUCCUAUUCGUCCGUUAUGAGACAAGGUCCCCAAACCGGCAUCCUAUCGACUCCGUCGUUCGUCCAAAGGGUACCGCCUCCAUCGUACGCCCAAGUGAAAGGCAUCGAAUCCGAAGACACACCGACGAUCGUAUCAUCGGAUUCGAUUAUAUUCGGUCCGGAUCCGAUUUAUUUGGUAUGUCCGGUUUGUCGUAUAAUCGUAACGACGGAUAUAGAACGGGAACGACCGAACGUCACCCAUUGGAUAGCUUUGAUAUUGUGUGUCUGCAUGUGUUGGCCUUGUUGUUUGUUACCUUAUUAUAUGAAAUCUUGCAGUUAUACGUAUCACACGUGUCCGACUUGCGGUCAUUAUUUCGGUAUGUACAAUCCGUUUUGAAUAAUAAAAAGCGCAGGCGUC